AUGAGACUCACAGCCGAGCUUGUGCACAACUCGCUCUCAUACCUCAAUCCGCUCAAGGAGCGCGAACUUGACCUGCGAGGCAUGCAAAAGNGUCACAAAAUCCCUGCCCUAGAGAAUUUGGGUCUCAUCACGAACGAAGAUGCCAUCGACUUCACAGACAACGACAUACCCGCUCUAGCAAACUUCCCCAAGAACCACAGAUUGAAGGCUCUGUAUCUCGGACGAAACCGCAUUACCGCCAUCGCUCCAGGCCUGCACAACUCCAUCCCGAACCUUGACACGCUUGUCCUGUCCCAAAACUCCAUCUCUGAACUCGGCGACCUUGAGCCUCUAUCCGACUUGAAGAAACUGACACACCUAACCCUCUUGGACAACCCCAUCGCCUCAAGAGAGGUUAGUUAUACCCCAAUCCUCGUCCACCACAAAUUCCUCGACUUCCAGAAGGUCAAGGAUGCAGAGCGCAGUAAAGCCGCCGAACUAUUUGGCACAGUGGCCGAACCUACCGAACUCGCCCAGAAACUUCUCUCGUCACGUUCAUCAAGAUCGCUGAACACCGCAUCAACCAAUGCAAAUGGCACGGACAAGAUCUCGCGUGUCAAGUUGACCGACAAGGAAAGAAAGCGCAUCGAGGAGUUGAUCAGAAACGCAAAGACUCUGGCCGAGAUUACUCGUUUGGAGAAGGCUCUCAACGAGGGAAGAAUACCUGCGGGCGUUCUCGACGAUGCAAUGGACACAUCAUGA